CCAACGCCCCCCACCCCCCCCCCCCCCCCACCCACCCCCCCACCCCCCAACCCCCCACCCCCCCAACCCCCACCAACCCAAGCCCCACCCCUCCCCCCCCCCCACACCCCCCAACCCCCCACCCCACCACCACCAUCUACCCCCCCCCCCCCCCCACCAACACCCCCCACCCCCCCCACAACCCCCCCCCCCCCACCCCCAACAACCUCCCCCAACCCACCCACCACCACACCACCCCCAACCCCCACCCCCCCCCCCCCAACCCCCCCACCCCCCACCCCACCACCCCCCCCCCCACCCCCACAACCACCCCCACCCCCACCCCAGCCACCACCCCCCCCCCCCCCCACCCCACCCACCCCCUCCCCCCCCCCCCCACCCAACCCAUCCCCACCCCCCCCCCCCCCCCCCCAACCCCCACACACACCCACAACCCCACCCACACCCCCCCCCCCCCCCCCCCCCCCACCCCCUCUCCCCCCCCCCCCCCCCCCCCCCCCCCCCCCCCCCCCACCACCCAACCCCCCCCCCACACCACCACCCCCCCCCCCACCCCCCACCCCACCCCCCCACACCCAACCCCACCACACACCCACCCACCCCCCCACACCACCCCCCCACCCCCCCCCCCCACCACCCCAGCCAUCUCCCCCCCCCCCACACACCACCACCCCACACCCCCCCCCACCGCCCCCCCCACCCCCAAAAACACAACCCCCACCCCACACACCCCCCCCACCACACCCUCCACCACCACCCCCCCCCCCCCACACCCCCCCCCACCCAGACCCCACCCCACCCCCCCCACCCCCACCUCCCACCCCCAACCACACACCACAACCACCACCCCCCCCACCCCCCACCCCCCCCCCGCCCCCCCCACCCCACCCCCCCCCCAAACCCCACCCCCACAACCCCCACCAACCCCCCCCCACCCCCCCACCCAACCCACCCCCCCCACCCCCCCUCUACCCCUCUCCACCCCCCAACACCCCCCCUUCUCCCACCCCCCCCAACCCCCCCCCCCCCCACACCCCACCACCCAACAAACCCCCCCCCCCCCCACCCCCCCCCCCCACAAACCCCCCAAAACCACCCUCCCCCCCACCCCCCCCACCACCCCCCCCACCCCCCCCCCCCCAACCCCCACCCCACCCACCCCCCCCCCCCCCACCCCACCCCACACCACCACCCCCCCCCCCACCCCCCCACCCCCCCCCCCACCCCCCCCCACCCCCCCCCCCCCCCCCCACAAUCGCCCCCCCCCCCCCCACCCAGCCUAUCCCCCAGACCCCCCCACCCCCCCCACACACCCCCCCCCCCCCGCCACCCCCCCCCCCCCCCCCCCCCCCCCCCAACCCGCACCCCCACAACCCCCCCCCCCCCGCCCCCCCUCCUGCCUCAACCCCCCCCCCCCUCCCCCCCCCCCCCCCCCCCCCCCCCCCUCCUCCCCCACCCCCCCCACCCCCCCACCCCCCCCCCCCCUCCAACCCCCGCCCAACCCCCCCCCCACCACCACCACCCCCCACCCCACCCCCCCCCCACCCCCUACCACACCCACCCCCCCCCCCUCCCCCCCCCCCCCACCCCCACCCCCCCCCCCAACCCCCCCCACCCCCCCCCCCCCCCCCCCCACCCCCACCCACCCCACCCCCCCCCACCCCACCCCCCCCAACCCCCCCACCACCAACCCCCCCAACCCCCCAUCAUCCCCCGCCCACCCCCCCCCCCCCCCCCCCCCCCCCAACCACACCCCCCCCCCCCCCCACCCCCCCCACACCCCCAACCACCACACCCCCCCACACCCCACCCCACCCCCCCCACCCCCCCCCCCCCCCCCCACCCACCCACCACACCCCACCACCACCCCCCCCCCCACCCCACCCCCCCCCCAAACCCCCCCCCCACCCCACCCCCCCAACCCCCCCCCCCCCCCCCCCCACCCCCCAACCCCCCCCCCCCCACCCCGCCCCCACGCCACCCCCCCCCCCCCCACCACCCCCCCCCCCACCCCCCCCCCCCCCCCACCCCCCCCCCCCCCCCCCCCCCCCACACCCCCCCCCCCCCCACCCCCCCCCCCCAACCCCCCCCCCCCCCAACCCCCUACCACCCCCCCCCCCCCCACCCCCCCCCCAUACCCCCCCCACCCACCCAAACCCCACCCCCCCCCCACACCACCCCCCCCCCAACACCCCCCCACCCACCCCACCCCCCCGCCCCCCCCCCCCACCACCCCCCCCACCCCCACACAAAAAGCCCCCCCCACCAGUACCCCACCCCCCACCAACCCCACCACCCCCCAACCCCCAAACCACCCCCCCCCCCCCCCCCCCCCCCCACCCCCCCCCCCCCCCCCCCCCACAACCACCCCCCCCCCCUCCCCCCCCCCCCCCCCCCCUCUCCCCACCCCCCCCCAACCCCCUCUCAACCCCCCCACCACCCCCCCCCCCCCCCACCCCCCCCCCACCCCACCCCCCCCCCCCCCCACCCCCCAACCCAACCCCCCCCCCCCCCCCAUCUCCAACCCCC